AGAUGGUCAACUUUGUUUGAGUUCUAGAAGCGUCUAAUCUGUUACAUAAAGACUCUAUCUACCUAUCUAUCUAUCUAGGGUUUUAAUCUUCAUUCAUUUCUACGAAAGGCAACAACUUCUCCAGAUUCUCCACUACAUGGCCACUUCUCAGCUAACCGCUUCUACAAUUUCGGCUAAGAAUUUGCCGCAAUUUGAAGGCCUAAGGCUUAGUGCCGUAAAGGUCUCUCCCCUGAGACAACAGAGUGUCGCUUUUAGGUGUUUCAGAGGAUUAGUUACUAGAGCCGCCACAACUGUCGCGCCAAAGUACACGACAUUAAAGCCAUUGGGUGAUAGAGUGUUGGUGAAGAUCAAGACUGCUGAGGAAAAAACAGUGGGAGGCAUCUUGUUGCCCACUUCUGCUCAGACGAAACCUCAAGGAGGUGAAGUAGUUGCUGUGGGCGAUGGUAGGACCAUUGGAAAGAACAAGGUCGACAUUGAUGUCAAGACUGGGGCUCAGGUUGUAUAUUCAAAAUAUGCUGGGACUGAAGUGGAAUUUAAUGGCGUUAACCAUCUCUUGCUUAAGGAAGAUGACAUUGUUGGGAUUCUCGAUACAGAAGAUGUCAAGGAAUUGAAACCAUUGAAUGACAGAGUGCUGAUCAAGAUUGCAGAGGCCGAACAGAAAACUGCUGGAGGAUUGUUACUGACCGACGCCACAAAGGAGAAACCAUCAAUUGGAACGGUAAGAGAAACAUAAAGACAGACCAAUUGACAGAUUUUAGAAUAGAGAACUGAUGAUGUAAAACCUUUGACGCCACAGGUUAUUGCGGUUGGACCUGGUCCCUUAGACGAGGAAGGGAAAAGGAAGCCAUUGUCUAUCACUCCUGGGAGUAGUGUUUUGUAUUCCAAGUAUGCAGGGAAUGAAUUCAAAGGGGUGGAUGGUUCUGAUUAUAUAGCACUUAGAGCAUCUGAUGUUAUUGCUGUUCUUAACUAGUUUUGUAUUCCAUAUUAUUGAUGAUAAUUAAGCAUCAAAUCAAACCCUAGAAUGAUUGUAACAAUUUUGCACCACUCUUCUUUACUGUGAGGACAUCAAUGGUCUAAAAAGCUUACAACGAUAUCUAUUAUCACA